AUGAAGAUUGGUCCAAAUGUGAUUCUGGCCGACGGAAAAGUUACUCAAACGGCUGGAUGUGGGGAGGGAACAGUGCAUAGUGUUGACGGAGAAGGAUUCACGGUCGUUUUCCGAGUGGAUGGCUGUGUUGUCCAGAACGCAGCUGGUAAGGUGGUAGUCGUCGGUGAUCGGUCUGGCUGCCUGUAUCGCUUGAAGUUAGCGGAGACGUCAAAUCGAAUUCAAGGUAAGGUACACCAUCUAAAUUGUCAGCAUCAGUGGCACCGGCGUUUUGGGCAUUGGGAUCCCACUGUGAUUACGAGAAUCAACAAUGAGAACCUGGGCGUGGGUAUGAAUUUGAGUGACUGUGGGAUCCGUGAAACAUGUGAACCGUGCCUAGAAGGAAAAUCAUCCCGAAAUCCGAUCCCCAAGGUAGCGGAGCGGAAGUCCACGAAGGUUCUGGAUCUGAUCCACACAGACCUGUGCGAACCAAUGAGAACGUCAACGCCUGGAGGAAAAAGGUUUCUGAUGACUAUGAUAGACGACUAUAGUCGCUUUACAGUCGUUUAUUUGUUGGAAAAGAAAUCAGAUGCGGUACAGCGAAUCAAGGAGUAUGUUCGCUAUGUGGAAAAUCUUUUUGAUCGAAAGCCAAGAAAUGGCGUAGCAGAGAGGAAGAAUCGUUCUUUGCAGGAGAUGGCAACAACGAUGCUACUAGACGCCGGUGUCGCCAAACGGUAUUGGGGCGAAGCAGUACUUACCGCUGCAUACCUACAGAAUAGGUUACCGUCACGAUCUGUUGAUACUACUCCGUACCAAAAGUGGUGUGGCCGGAAACCAGAGCUGGGACAUCUCAAGGUGUACGGGUGUCCGGCGUACGUUCACAUCCCGGACGUGAAACGAGGAAAAUUUGAAAAGAAGGCACUGAAAUUGAGAUUCAUCGGAUAUGCGGAUGAACAUAAAGGGUAUAGGUUUGUCGAUACCGAGACCAACAGAGUAACGAUAAGUCGCGAUGCCAGAUUCCUGGAGAUGAAUAAUGGGUCCAACCAGGAAGAGAAGAGCGAAGAUUCUGCGAACAGUGACGAAGAGUGGUGCUUUGUCCCGAAGCUGAGGCCAGCGCAACAAACUGAAGAAGAACUACCUGAUGAACAAUACAAGUUUCCCCGUGUGGGGAAUAUCUCUAGUGGAGGCAGAGAAAAAAAUAUGGUAAUUGAGAGACUAGAUGAAGGUAAAAAUCUUCACGGAGUGUCGCCAGUGCUAGUGGACAAAACUAUUCAGGGCUACUGUGGAACAGUGGCAUCAGUAAAAAGACUAAAGAUGGCAAAAUUUUGUCACAGUAAAAAUGAAAGCCAAGCUAAAAACUUGACUAAAAUUGAAAAAAUUGCCGAGGGAAUAACAGUGAAAGUGUAUGAGCACAGAUCGUUAAACUCGUGCAAAGUAGUAAUUUUCUGUCGCGAUUUGAAAAAUGAUACGGACGCUACAAUUCUUGAGACCGUUGCCCAACAAGUGAUUAUAGAAGUGAAGCAAAUGACCAAAGGCCCGAUCGACAAUAAAUCUCCCACCGGAAUUUUUGUGCUUGUUGUUAAAGGAACCGUCCCACCGAAAGAAGUGAAAAUUGGCUACCUAGUGUUACAAACGCGGCCAUGGUAUCCAAAUCCAUUACGCUGCUUCAAGUGUCUUAAGUUUGGACAUACAAGCAAGGACUGCAAAAGUGACAAAAAGUGUAGUAAGUGUGGUGAAGAAUUUCACGAAGAAUGUAACAAUGCAAUGAAAUGUGUCAAUUGCUUCGGUGAACAUGGCGCUUUCUCCAAAGGAUGCCCAAUCCUGGAGAAAGAAAAAAUGAUAACGAAAAUGAAAGUGGACAGGAACGUAUCAUUCUGGGAAGCAAGAAACAUAGUCGAAGCUGAGGGUAAAACAACAUAUUCUAAUAUGUUGAAAUCUUCUAUCGAUGGUGAAGUAAAAAAGCUUAUUGAAGAGAACCAAGCAUUAGUAUCAAAGAUCAACGAGUUAAAGGAAGAAAGAAAAACAUACGCAGAAAACCUAAAAACUGAGAUGAAAAAGCAAUUCGAAUCAAAGUUAAACCAGUACAAAGAAGAAUUAAGAAGUUCCGUUAUGGAAACGAAAAAAAAAGUGAAUCAAAUGGAAAAAAAUUACCAAGAAAUGCAGGAAAAGUGUGAUCAACUACUGACUGGAUACAAGGAAGAAAAACAAAGAAGAAAGUUAGCGGAAAAGGAGAUUGAAAAGCUUCAAGAAAACUGCAGUAAAUCCCCUCCAAGGAAGAAGAAAGGAGUUAGCAAAAUGCAACCAUGCGAAGUGGACGACUAUGUCAACUCAGAAGCAGAACAAUCCGAUAAUUCUACCAACCAAGAUGAAGAUAUGGGGUCCUGAAGUCGAAAUCACAUCCAAUGAGACCAUAAACAACACUAAAUACUCAAUAGUACACCGUAAUCACACCAAAAACAACCUCAAACAUAGCACAACCUACACAUAACCUGACAAAUAGAGAAAAUUGUAUGGUCUCUUGGAAUGUACGGGGACUACGGAGAAGAAGAACUGAAUUAAAAUUGUUAAUGAAUACAACCAACCCCCAAGUGGUAUGCCUUCAAGAAACAAUGUGUAAAAACGAUUAUCAAUCUUGCAUAAGUAAGUAUAAAACAUACCAUCGACCAAGACCAGAUGGUGCGAGGUCAGCAGGCGGGGUAAUAACAGCAGUAAAAGAAGACAUCGAUAGUGAAUCCAUUGAUAUAAACACAAGCUUAGAAGCAGUUGCUGUAAAAGUAGGCGCACCGAUCAAUGCGAAUAUACUGAAUAUAUAUCUACCUCCCGGAAAACGGAUUCAAAAGAAUGAGAUCUUGGAUCUGCUGUCUCAGAUCUCUAAGCCUUUCAUAUUGGUAGGAGACCUCAAUGCACAUCAUCCACUUUGGGGAUCCAGCGAAAUCAGUCAGCGAGGCAAAAUCAUAGAGUCAGUUAUUGACGAAGAAAACCUCGUACUUCUCAACAAUGGUGAAAAUACUUAUGUAAACAGCAAUACAGGAAUGGGAUCAUGCAUCGACAUCUGCUGUUGCUCAGACCAAUUAGCAGGCUCCCUAGAGCUAACAGUCUCUAAUGACUCCCAUGGAAGUGACCACAUUCCACUAAUCUUAUCAAUGCCAUACAUAUUACAGGAAAAAGAAUGCCUACCAAAGUGGAAAAUCGAAGAAGCCGACUGGGAGAAAUACAGAAACACUAUCGAAAUCUCCUGCAGAGAUGACGUAACCGAGCAGAUAGAAUUGAUAACAAGACAGAUAAUAAAAGCAGCCGAACAAUCAAUUCCAAAAACGAAAGGGAUUGUCAGGG